CGUCCACUUUGCAUUCUCAACCACCACCAUCACACCUCACUCCCACCCUACAGACCCAAACACCAAACCAAAAAUGGAACCCCUAACCACAGCCCCAGACACAACAACCUUCACCCCCCUAGCCGAGCACCAAUCCCGCACGCCAAGCUCCUUCCACUCAGGCCCAGCAAUCCUGCACUACCACAGCACGAACUGCAAACUGGUAGUGCUCGAGCGCGACCUCCACGCUCACGCAACCCUGCGCGCCCUGCAACCCAACACGAGCACAAACGGCGAGCAUGCGCUUGCGCCUACAUCUACGACCUCAGCCGAAACAGCAUCCACCCCCGAAAAAGAGGUUACGGUAGCCGGCAUCAGCGUCUGGGUUACUUCCGACAAAUUCCUCCUCUACUCCCCCACAGCAACAGCAGGGCUGCAAAUCAGCUACCCCUCGAUCUCUCUACACGCCAUCCAACGACUCCGACUCCCAGAAGAAGGCCCAGAAGGAGACGAGCACCAAGGGCUAUACAUGCAGAUCGCCACGCCAUCCGCGGGGGGUUUCUCCGCCGAUGAAGACGACGAGGAAGCAUGCACGAUCAUGACUCUCGUUCCGCCUGCGCAGCAACAACAGCAACAAGCCUCCGCCGCCGCCGAUGACAACGCAGAGAAGUCCGAGGGAGCAGGAGAAGAACACGAACUAGAGACACAGACGCCCACUCAGGCGCUCUACGCGGCUGUCUCUGCGUGCUCGAAUUUGCAUCCUGAUCCUGUGGAACCUGGUGAAGAAGGGGAGGAUGAUGAUGACGAGAUGGGGGAUGGAGGAGACAGUGCGUUGUUGCAGUCGGGGUUGAUUGCUAUGGGGAACGGGGAGGGCGGCUUGCCUCCGCCUGUGGACGGGAGCUCCGGGUGGAUUACCGCCGAGAAUAUGCACGAGUUCUUCGAUGAGGAUGGGAACUGGAUUGGUGGGGGCCAGGAGCCGACGUUGUCGCUGGGUCCCGGGGCCGGGACUGUGAGACAGCGGGAGGAUGGAGAGGACGGUCAAGAGGAUGAGAAUGUGGAUGGAGGUGAUGAGAGUGAGGAGACCAAGUGGAGAAGAACGGACUAGACGAAAGAGCCACGAUGAAGACAGGCGCUGUCUAGGACAGACGCUCAAAGCUAAUAGGAUAGUCAUAAUAAAUCGUGAUCGUGGGAUAAUGAGAUUAAGGGAGUCCGUUGCAUUGGCUGU